AGAAAAAAGAUAGUACAUCCUUAGACCUUAUCUUGGUUAUGAAUUGAUAUUUUAUGAAGCAGCAAUUGUAAGAGAAAGAAGAAGCAAUGGUAGUUUGUGGAAAAGCGGUGCUAUUCGGAGUGGGAGUUGGAGUGGGAGUCGGAGUGAGACCCAAAGCCAAAGCCACACACUCUGUGUUUUUUGUUUCAUGUUCCAGUGAUAGUGACGAAAACACAUCGACAACCACUAAUUAUCGGAAGAAAGCAUCAUCAUCGAGUUUUGGAAGACUAAAAGCCCAGCAAGUGAAGGCUCUGAUCCACAGAACAAAGAACAACACAAGACGCAAAGAAGAAGAAGAAGAAGAAAAGACUCCUCGACGUGCUUCUUCUUCUAAUUCGAAAGGAUGGGGAGAUAGAGUUAGCAGUCAAUCAUCUUCACUGCCAUUGGCGGACACGAACUUUUUCAGUCUGAAAUCAUUCAAAGAGAUAGGAUGCACUGACUAUAUCAUCCAAUCUCUCCAUAACCUCUCUUUAACGCGCCCUUCCCAUAUACAGGCUAUGGCAUUUGGUCCUGUUAUUGGGGGAAAUUCUUGUAUCAUAGCUGAUCAGAGCGGUUCUGGAAAGACAUUGGCUUAUCUUCUACCAAUAAUUCAGCGUCUCAGACAACAAGAACUACAAGGGCAUAAUAGUAAUAAUCAAUCCUCUUCACAAUCUCCUACACUGCUUAUACUCGCACCCACAGCCGAGUUAGCUUCUCAGGUCUUGGAUAAUUGUCGAUCGUUGGCAAAAUCUGGGGUCCCAUUCAAAUCUAUGGUUGUCACAGGUGGUUUUAAACAAAGAACUCAAUUGGAAAAUUUAAAGCAGGGUGUUGAUGUCUUGAUAGCUACUCCUGGCCGUUUUUUGUUCCUUAUCAAGGAAGGCUUCUUGCAGUUAUCAAAUCUAAGAUGCGCUGUGUUGGAUGAGGUGGAUAUACUCUUUGGGGAUGAGGACUUCGAAAAGGCUCUUCAAUGCUUGAUUAGUUCUUCACCAGUUGACACACAAUAUUUGUUUGUUACUGCAACCUUACCAAAAAAUGUUUACAGCAAACUGGUUGAAGUUUUUCCUGAUUGUGAAAUGAUCAUGGGUCCUAGUAUGCAUCGAAUAAGCUCUCGCCUUGAAGAGAUUAUAGUAGAUUGCAGUGGGGAAGAUGGACAAGAAAAAACUCUUGACACAGCAUUUUUGAACAAGAAAGCUGCUCUCUUGCAGCUUGCAGAGGAGAGUCGUGUCCCAAGAACUAUUGUGUUCUGUAACAAAAUUGAAACAUGCAGAAAAGUUGAAAAUGCAUUAAAACGUUUUGAUAGAAAGGGAAUUCGCAUGCAAGUUCUACCUUUCCAUUCUGCCAUGACACAAGAAUCACGGCUUGUUAGUAUGAAAGAGUUCACACGUUCUCCAUCAAAAGAAGUGUCCCAAUUUAUGGUUUGCACAGACAGAGCAUCGCGGGGAAUUGACUUCAGUAGAGUGGAUCAUGUAAUACUUUUUGACUACCCACGUGAUCCAAGUGAAUAUGUACGACGUGUUGGAAGAACAGCCAGAGGUGCCAGGGGACAAGGGAAGGCGUUUAUCUUUGUAGUUGGGAAGCAAGUCUCCCUUGCACGCAAAAUAAUGGAAAGAAAUAGGAAAGGUCAUCCACUGCAUGAUGUACCUUCGGCUUAUGAGAUGAUGAAGUAGGAAGUUGGGUUUAAUGGAUUGCCUGGGAUCGUACGGGACCCUCAGUGAAACAUGCAUGGCAAAGGAAGGAAAUCUUUUGGUAUCCCCAACAAUAUUCCAAGUCAGUGAAUCAUGCAUUUCAAGGCUCCUCGUAGCAAAAGCAAGAGCUACAUUAAUCACUAACAUCUUUAGAUUGUCUUUGGGCAGGAAUUUUGUUUUAUUCCUAACUAUAUUACUUAGUAGUAAUUUAUUAGGAAAUACAUUACCAGGAAUGAAACUCCUACAAAAGUCAUUGUGUGUUUGGAAGCAAGUUUGGACAACCAAACUCACGUCCCAAAGCAGGAUACAAUGUGAAUUUGUGAAGCUACUAAUUGGAGUGGUAGUCCAAAUGUGGGUUCCUGCCGUGGAAUUUAUAUUUUCAAAACAUAUGCUUUAAAUAUGAUUGACAACUAUUGUGCUCCCCUUAGUUUGAUAUUUUCUUUAAGUGGACAUGUUGAUGUUGUACUCGAAAUUGUUAUUUCAUGCAAUUUUUUAUCUAAUUUUCUCAAAUACAUGAUA